AUGGCCGCACCCGCAGACGACACCGCCGCCCUCCUCCGCACCGCCACCCGCGGCUUCGACCACAUCUUCUCCAACGAGAUCCUCGCCGCCCGCGCCGUGUUCGACUCCACCAACGACUCCGCCUUCCACGCCCUCGGCCUCGGCGUCUGCGCCUUCCUCGAGGCCGCCCUCGGCAUGGAGGUCAGCCUCGUCGCAGAGGCGAACAGGCUGCUCGCCCUCGCAGAGGCAGGCGCGAAGAAGCAGGCAAAGGCCACAAAGGCUUCCCGGAGCGGCGCCCGCUUCCCCCCGGGAAUCGAGUACGAGCUCAUCCACGCCGACACCAUCAUCCUCCUCGGCUUGACGAACGCAAUCAGCGAGUCCUACAUGGGCUACCUCCAAUGCUUAUACGCUUUGAACAACGCCCACUCCAAGUUCUCCAAGAUAUACAAGACCGUCUUCCCCGCCGGCCUCGACGCAUACGCCACCCCCGCCGCCUCCCGCCGGCCCUCCCGCAAGCCGUCCACCGUCAGCCUCGCAAGCCAGGCGCCCUCCACCGCCUCCACCGCCUCCUCCGCCCUGCCCCCCGCCGCGUCCCCGGCCUCCGCGUCGUCCGUCUCCCUCUCCUCGCGCGCGACGGGCUUCUUUGGCCGCUGGGGCAGCUCGCUCACAGCCUCGCCUCGCCCUGCGACGCCCGUGGCGUUGGCGGCGCCUGCCGUGGAGGGGGAGGACGGGCCCGUGGAGGAGCUCAUCGUGUCGGGCGCUGCGUUUGGGUACGGCUUGUUUAACCUCGUGCUCUCGCUGCUGCCCGGCAAAGUCAAGAGCGUCGUCGGGUUCUUCGGGUUCGACCACGACAGGAAGCUCGCGCUGCAGGCGCUCGCGGUGUCUGCGGCGAAGAACGACGUGCAUGCCGUCUUUGCGGGGCUGGCGCUCAUGUCGUACCAUGGCGUCGUGCUGCUGUUGUCGGGAUACCAGGCGAACGAGGCGCAUAUCGUGAAGCAGUACAAGAUCAUCGUCGACAAGCUCGAGAAGCGGUAUCCGACGGGGACGCUGUGGAUCUUGAACCAGGCGAAGAUACUGCGCAUGACGCACGACGCGGAGGGCGCGAUUCGCGUGCUGAGGGGCGGGCUUGACCCCGCGCGGCCUAGCGUGUUCGUCCAGGCGGACGCUCUCUUGGUGUUCGAGCUCGCGUGGACGCUGCUGUCGCAGCGCCGCUACGAAGAGGCGGCGGAGGCGUUCAUGCGCAUGACGGAGCUGAAUACCUGGAGCCACGCCACGUACUACUUCAUCGCGGCCGGCUGUCGGUGGUCGCUGCGCGACCUCCCCGCGGCGCAGCGCCUGCUCGACGCGAUCCCCGCGCUCAUCGACCGGAAGAAGAUCGGCGGGAAGGACCUCCCGACGGAGGUGCUGAUCAAGAAGAAACUCGUAUUUUACAAGGCGAAGCGCGUGCGGUUGACGGGCUCCGAGGCCGGAUACGCGCAGGCUAUCACGAUCAGCCCCGCAGAAGAGCUCGGCGUCUUCUGGAACACGCACGCGCGCAUCGGGAAGGACGUUGCCGAGGCGCAUAUCCGCGAGUGGCUCGCGCUCGCGCCCCCGAUUCCGAUCGACAUCAGCACGCCGUACGCCGCGUCCCCGCUCGAGCCGCCCGCCGACGCCCCCGACGCCGCCCCGCCGCCCCCGGCGCUCGACACGCCCGACGAGCACGCGCUCCGCCUGCUCCUGCUCGGCAUCGCGCACCGCACGGCGGGCCACCUCGCGCCCGCGCGCGCGCUGCUGCUCGCGGCGCACGCGCUGCAGCCGCGCGUCGCGGUGAGCACGUGGGUCGGCGGGCUCGCGCAGUUCGAGCUCGCGGUGCUUGCGCUGAGGGAGGCGGAGGCGGGGGAGCGGGCCGCGGGGGAGAGGAUGGGGGCGGAGGGACGGGAGGACGGCGAGGUCGAUUUGUCGACGCGGCUGGAUAGCAGGAUCAUGAUGCUCCGGGACGAGAUCGCGGCGAAGAGGGAGAUGCUGGAGAUGUGAGCGUGCGCGCGGCGUGGCGCAGCGGUAGAGGCGGUGUGGGUAGAUCGGACCUGGGACUUUUUUUUGGGGGGGGUAGAGGUUAGGUUGCUUCGCACAUAAUAGACGCGCAUACGUUGCUUUCUUGGCUUUUC